CCGCGCUCUCACUCGGCAUCGGUCCACUUCAAACCCCCAAUCCAGGAAGCAAAGCUGCUCCCACUCCCUCCCAUGGCCAACAGCUGCGCGAGCCUCGACGCCACCUGGUCCCACCUCCCAGCGCCCGUCCCGGCUCCCUGUGCCUGGCCAUACACCGCCUGGCUCUCCCCCGCCGCCGCCGCCUUCGAGAACGAGGCGCUCGCCACUGCGCUCGCUCGCGCCUCCGCCUCCGCCUCGCCGUCAUCCCGGACGCCUUCCUCUUCCUCCACCACCACCUCCUCCGCGUCCGACCUGUCCUCCGCCCCGUACGACGCGCCAGCGCUGCCCGCCGUAAGCUGCAGGCCAAGCUCGGCGGCGGAGGCGGCGGCGCGGCAGUGCACGGGCCGCGUCUCCAAGCGGAAGCCCCGGGUGUCCCGCCGCCCGCAGACCACGUACAUCAGCGCCGACCCGGCCAACUUCCGUCGCAUGGUGCAGGAGAUCACCGGCUACGCCCUUCCAGGCGCGGAGAAAGCCUCCGCCGUGCCAGCGCCGCGCAGGCCGGACCCGCUCGCUUUUGUGCUCCCGACGCUGGACACGUCCGCCUGCUUCUUGCUGCACCAGGACCAGGCGCCGUCGCUAUCGCAGCAGCGUUGGGAGGACAAGACGUCGGGUGGAGCGGCGGCGGCGACAGCAAUGCCCGCGAUGGCGGACGACUCGUCGUUGCAGCUGAUGCAGGAGCUGGAAGCGAUGAUGACCGCGCCGCCCGCCGUGUCCUCCUUCCCGACAUUGGACUUGGAGAGCUGGGGAAUGAUGUGAACUUCUCAAGGAUUAGCCUUUUUUUUUUCCUUCUCUUAUUAUGCUAGCGCCUUUAGUGUGUUGUUGGUCCUCUCGAUGUGAGGAUCAGAUGGUCGGGAGUGGUCGAUGGUUUAGCUCGAACAUGCAUGGAGAGUACCCUAGAUGCUGUCGUGGCGGUGGGAAAUCCAAUACCUUUUUUGUUGAGAUCCUACUAGGAGUAGUUUUGUAAAGUGAAUUAGCGGCGGUUAAUCAUCUUGUUAAUCACUCGUAGUCUAAUCCAAAUCUAGCUAG